GGAGGCUGGGCACCGGGGAGGAGGGGAACGGGGGACGAGAUCGAUGCCGAGCGAGCCCUGGGGAAAGUUUCCCCGGCGGCGGCUCAGCCUCAGCGCAGCCCCGUGGAGCCUCUCCGCCGCGGGAACGGGUGCCUGUGUCCCCGCGUGUCCGUGUGUCCUUAACAGCCUCGCACCGCGCCAACCAGCGUGUGUGACAAUCCACCACCCACACACACAGACUGCAUGAGAGAGGCACAAGCUGCGUGUCGUGCCGGAAUCUUUUCUUAGCCAUACGUUACUUCCACGUCUAUCCUUUGCCUUUAUUAUUUAUGUGGUGCCGUGUGAUAUACAUUAGAGCCUCGGAUUUGAUUGGCGUUCGCGAUGACAAGACCUGUUUGUUAAGUUGUAAGGCUUCCUCGGCUCCCUUACUUGCUAAAUGAACUCUGGAGGAAGGAUGUCACCGAGACACAGCAAUAUAAUAAAUGUCAGGGAUAUCCGCAGUGCCGAGAUCAAAUGAUCAAUCCUUGUCCCAUAGAUAAUCAUUUUAAAUUCGCACAGGGGGAGAUUGAUUUUUUUUUAAAGCCCUUUAUUAAUUGCUUCCUCGAUUAUUAUUUUCCCCCUCCUCCUGUGGAGGUGUUAACUCUGGUGCUGGGGGCACCUUUGGAUUAAUUAAACGUAUUUUUAGUGUUUUAAUGUUCUGCUAAUUUUCAGAGCAGUCCCACGCUCCCCCGGAAAAGAAACAAUGGCCCCUUGCUCCAGCAAGGAGCCUCUUUUGGUUGAGAUUCAGAGCAGAGGGUGGCGUUAUGAUGGGCUCUGAUUAUCUCAAACUCGAGGUGAGGGAAUGAGAAGGACGUAAAAAGCCAAACGACCAGAAGACAAAAUUCCUCCAAAUACCAAAGAACCCUUCGCGUUACAGCCCGAGGAAAAGAGACAGAAAUAAAUAGCUGCGAAGUCGACUCCGCUUGCGGAUCAAACGGUGCGGAGAGGCGCUAGAAAUGCCGGCGCUGUUAUCUGGAGCUGGAUUUCAGGCAGCUAUUCAAGCGCACAGAGUAAUAAUUAUUCCGGGAGUACAACAAAAAUAACAGCAGUCUACUAAGAACAAGCCCAUCUUCUACGUGCAAAAACAGCGUGCGGAGGACGGCCACAUCUUCGACUGAAAACAAGUGGAUCUCUGUGGAUAAGAUCACCGGGCAGCCAUGGAAGAACUUACGGCUUUUGUAUCCAAAUCUUUUGACCAGAAAAGCAAAGAGAGCAGCAGCGGUAGUGGCAGCAGCAGCAAGAAGGAGACGAUCACGUACAGGGAAGUUUUGGAGAGUGGGUUGGCUCGCUCUAGGGAGCUUGGAAACUCUGACUCUAACCUGCAGGACAUGACCGAGAGCAGCAACCAUUGCCCGGUGCAUCUUUUCAAAGACCACGUAGAGAGCGACAAGGACAAACUCAAGGAGUUCAGUACGGGCAGGACGGCGGAAGGGAUCUACGAGUGCAAAGAGAAGAGGGAUGAUGUGAAGUCAGAAGAUGAAGAUGGACAGACCAAGCUCAAACAAAGGAGAAGCAGAACCAAUUUCACACUAGAGCAGCUGAAUGAGCUGGAAAGACUUUUUGAUGAGACUCACUAUCCGGAUGCCUUCAUGAGGGAGGAACUAAGCCAGAGGCUGGGACUGUCUGAAGCUAGGGUUCAGGUCUGGUUCCAAAACAGGAGAGCGAAGUGCCGAAAGCAGGAAAACCAGAUGCACAAAGGUGUGAUCCUGGGAACCGCCAGCCAUUUAGACGCCUGUAGAGUGGCCCCCUAUGUGAAUAUGGGAGCCCUGAGGAUGCCUUUCCAACAGGUCCAGGCGCAGCUGCAGCUGGAGGGCGUGGCCCACGCGCACCCGCACCUGCACCCGCACCUGGCGGCCCACGCUCCCUAUUUGAUGUUCCCGCCGCCGCCCUUCGGGCUGCCCAUCGCCUCCCUGGCCGAGUCCGCCUCCGCCGCCGCCGUGGUGGCCGCCGCCGCCAAGAGCAACAGCAAGAACUCCAGCAUCGCUGACCUGCGGCUGAAGGCCCGCAAGCACGCCGAGGCCCUGGGGCUCUGACACGCUUCGGUCGAGAUCCCCCCUACCCCACCCCGCCCCGGGUGCCCGCGGCGGGCGUGUGUGUGACCCGCACGGACCGCCACUCUGACCCCCGGCUCCUCCUCCUCCCUGGCCGCAGGCGAGCAGCCCUGCCGCCUUCUCUCGUUUUUGUUAUUUUUUAUUAUUAUUUUUUAAUUUUGUUUGAGUUUUUGUUUUGUUUUGUUUUUUUUUUUGUUUCUUUCCCCUCUCCCAAGGUCUGCGAGCGCUCGGCGGCAGCCUCCUCCCGCCGCUUUUCCUCGACCUCUCGCCCCCAGAGACUUCGGCGGCCGGGGGAGGCGGGCGAAGAGGGAGGCCCCGGCGACCGUUGGAGGCCGUUGGCGGCCGUUGGUGCCCGUUGGUGCCGUGUGACACGGCGGGGGACUCUCCGCCCGCCGCGGGGCGAGUGCGCCCGGUUCCCGCCUCGGGCACACGGACACACACACACACGCAACAACCCCACACCCACGAGUCAGAGACUCCGCGGAGGAUAAAGUAGGUGGGAGGAGGGAACAAGGAGAGUUAAAAAAAACCCAAACCAACCCAACACACACACACAUACAAAGGAGGAAAAAAAAAAAAAAAAAAGGAAACGAUGUCUAAAUUAUGUUAAUCUGUGAACAUUGGGGACGCUUUGGAUUUUUGACCCUGGCAAAAGUGAUCGCUCCAGCAUAACGUCAUCUGCUGCUGUCAGUUUUGCUACCUUGUGCAUGUGUCUAGCUAAAACACGUUUUGAAGAUCAAAAAUAUAUUAGAACGAAACUAAACAAAACAAAUAGUAAUAAUAAUAAAUAAUAAAUCCUUGGGGCUGGUCUCCAUUAAAGAUGACAUUUCUUUGUUGCCAACAGUAUUAUUUCACUGCCAUGAAUCUCUUCCAUCACUGAGGAGCUGCUGCAGAACUGGUUUGAAUUUAAAUGUGGAAUUUCAGAUCUGAGGCAAGGCAGUUUUUUUUCUUUCCUUUAAAAAAAAAAAAAAGAAAAAAAAGCAGCAAUAACAAAAAAUGUGCGUCUCAAAUGGCUAUGUCCUUUGAAAGGAGAAAAAGAGAGAGACUAGAAUUUACUAAUCAUUAGUGAUAACUUGAAAGAUGGGAACAAUAAGAAAUGCGCCUGUUUUGCCAGAAUCACCUGAACUCAAUAAGAUGCAUUGUGUCAUAGAAACAGGUCGACUUUUCUAUAUUUUUUUUUUCAAAUGUCUGGAUCUUUGAAUUAAAAUCUUGCUGUUUUACAGGAUGUAGAAAGAAUGACUUAUACAACAAAGAUGGACAUAUGGUUUUAAGGCAUAAUAUUGAUGCAGCAUUAAUUUUAGUGAAAUGCAAUUAAGUGCAGUAAAGUGCAAUACUGUAAAUAUUAUAGAAUAAAAGAAAAAUAGCCGUACUUAUUCUGUUAAUAACCAAUUCUGCAAGAAACAUAACUUAAGUCCUUUAUGCUCAGACUGGUACAUUGCAGCUCCUUGCCAAAAUGACAGUCUGAGUCUUCUAUGAAUGGAUAAAAUUAUAUGUAUCACAUACGGGGAAAGGCAGAUGCCAUGGUUUCUAGUCAAGUUAAUGUGCCAUAUUUCUGAGAAGUAAGCUGAAAAGUCUAUAUGACACUUUCAUUUUAAGUAAAAACAAAACAAAAACAACAAGAAAACAAAAAAAACAACCAGAAAAAAAACACCGCCCCCCCCUCCCCAACCCAGAGAAGUGUUUUGUAGAGGUGGACAAGUUCAAUAUUUGGCCGUCUUAAUUUUUGCCUGUGAUUUAGACACCAAGUCUUACGCUAAUGCUUAAGCAAAGUAACUAUUAAUAGUAUAAAUCCAGAAAGGAUGGGGAGUAGGGAAAUCCUUUAAAUUAUAUUACCAAAGCAUCUGGGUUUAUUGACACCCCCCCCCCUUUUUAUGCUAUUCACUUCUAAGUAGGCUUUUAUUUUCCUUGAUUUUGGGUGGGGAUGAGAGAGGGGAAGGUGCAAAUAUUGGUCUUGUCUACAUCUAACAAGAUAGCUAUUUGUUGCCUUUGUUACCAAGGCCUGUGUUGAUGUAAGGUUAUCCUCUCAACAGUACCAUUAUUAAGCCUGCUUUUUAUGUCUCGUUUAGCAAUCCAUUACUAGUUUUGGCUUUUGCUGAUAUUUAUCAAAUCCAAAUGUUGCUGUAGGACAAAAAUUCAUACUGUAGAUAGACACUUGUCUUUUUCGUUUCUCCUUCAAGUUUUGAUAUUUUCUAGCAAGGAAAAUUUCUGGAAUGUAAAAUUUGUGCCAUAUCCCUUCUAUUUAUUACAUGAGUAGUAGUUAUAUUUUGGAUUCGCUAGAGCUGAUAAAUGUUACCAGCUUUUUCUACCUCUCUGUGAAAGCCCAGUACCUUUUUAAAGCAAGGCCAAAAUAUUAAGAUAGUGUUACUUGUUGCUGAGAAAUAUGACAAAAAUCUCAGGCAAUUAACAAUUCUUAUGGAACAAAACAUUACUUAGAAAGUAUAAUGUUAGUCCUGAGGAUGUAGGAAUUUCUGGUUAAAAUAAGAAAUAUUUGGUAGGUUUCCAGCGCUUCUAACAUGCAGAUCCAAAAAAUAACAAACAUUGCUACAGAUAUGCUUUAGGCUAUAACAAGUAACCUGUUAUACAGGGAAACCAACAGCCAUGGAAGGAGAAUUUGAUGCACACUGUUGAAGACCAAGGGCAUAGAGCUUACGAUUGAAUGGGGACUGCUUGUUAUCUGUAUCUGUGACCUAAUUACUACCCUUUCGAGUCCUCUUUUUAGAGUUUAAGAGAUGCUUGAGUGACUUUUUCAGUCCUGUGCUGGACUUUCACAAAGGAGUGAUUUUCACCCACAAACAAUUCCAUAGAACAAGCUCUGUCGUAGCUGUAGGUUUGGGAUCUGAAUUUUCUCAGACAACUUCUAAGUGAGGCUGUGAAGUGCUACCUAGCUUGCAGUGUUACAGGAUGCAUGUGCAGUACGUAUCCGCGUCAGACUGGCAGGAAUAACUUUUCUACCUUUGCACAGCAGAAGUGCUUAUAGAAUUCUCUCAGAAAGGUUGUUACAUGUAGCUUCCAUCUUGUAUUUAAAAAAAACAGUGGUAAUAUUAAUACAGUUCCCUGCUAACAUGAAACAAGGUGGUUAGUGUAGCUUACAUCUUUUAGAAUCAAAAAUUCUUACAGUUUUUUCUGAUUGCUUUCAAUGGAUGUUUCAAGAACAGUCUUGCCUUCUACCACAAAAGGGCAGAAUAUGGCAAGAUUUAUCAGCCUAGCUUGUUUUGAAGGAUGUACCAUAGAUCAGCCUGGGGGAAAGGGCAGGGUGUUGCUAUGCAUCUACCAAGGUGCUUCAUGCUGCUCUUGCAUUUCGUUGAGCAUGACAGGAAAUGAAAAGCCACACCAUGCAAGCACUGGAGCCAAAACCGGUUCUGCUUUGCUUAUUUCUUGAAUGGGCUGAUUGCAUCAGUGGUGGUAUAAAAGCUUUGCCCUGUUUCGGAUGAUGCAUGCAGGUGGCCUCCUCUUCUUGUUGUCCUUACAUUGAUAGGAAGAAAUGAGAAGUCCUAACCGGACUACCAUGUACUGGACUGUACUUUCACUAAGCGCAAGCCACUGUGACUCUGUUCACCACGUGGAUUUUCAGUGACCCAUACAAGUUGAGAAUCUGGACCAUAGCCUCUACUCCAUCUCUGUUAGUGCGUACUUUGUCUUUUUUUUCCUGUUUCUUUAGUUAUUUUCCUUGAGGAGGUUGGAAGUUGAAGAUAAGAUAGUGAGGUAGUUAAAUUUAAAAGUAUUGUAAUUGGUUUAGAUUCUCAGGCACGCCAAGCCUCAUUUAUAGUCCACCUGAUGUUUGCGUAAUCUUUGAUUUGAGAAGUGUGAGAUUUCCAAGAACAGCAGCCACUGGGCAGAGUUCCCUUGGAGAAGGCCUUUAUCUAGUGUAUGUGGAUUGCUAAAGAACCUUCCUCAAAAGUUUAGUCUGGUAUUUGAAAAGAAACUUGGAUGAAUGCCAAACAAAUAGUGCUGUUUAUAAGCGAAUCUAUUAAAAAGGCUUUAUGUAUUACAUGGGCCCCUUCAUAAUACAAAAAUCAGUCUCCGACUUUUUUGGAACUGUCAAAUUAGCUCAAGUACUUCAUCCAUUUGUAUCAAAAUAGUAAGCUGACUCCGUGGUUCAUUUUUAUUGAGUUGGAAAUAUGUGAAAAAAAAUAUACUGGAAGUUUUUUUGCUUAGUAGGGUCAUAUAGAUAUAGUGACAUUUUGGUUAAUAUCAUAAUACUUAGCACUUAUAUAAUGUUUAUUUGCAAAACACUGUAUAAAUGUUUAUUGUUUAACCCUCACCCAUUAUGAAGUAGGUAAGAAUUGCUAUCCCCAUUUUUUUGUAGAAAUUAAGGCAUAUAAAUCAAUGGCCAGGUUCCAUCACUCAUUGUCAGCACUGAGUAUUGUUACUUUUGCUUUCGUAAUGUAGCAGCAUCGCCCAGAUCAUAAUCUGCCAUGAACUUUGUGGUGCUAGACACUUUCAAAACUGUAAGUAGUGGAGGCCCUGCUCCAAGGAAUUUAAACUCCUUACCUGACUUCAGCAAAAGUCUUGAAGGGAACAUUGAAUGUGGCUCAGAGUGACAGAAUGUGUCCGUGAGUUAUUUCCACAGAACAUGAAGUUACUGCCCAACCCUCUGGCCCUGUAUGUCUGUGGGAGUUUGGUUUAUGACUCAGAAGGGCCAAGUUGCAGAAGCCCUAAGACUGGAAGCAAAAACCUGAGUUACUUACAGCAUGCACAAAUUGCUAGAAAACCCUGAUUUUCCAUUUCCCUACCAUAAAUUUUUCAGACAGACAAGUGUGCUGAUGUCAAUUCUUUGCAUGCUUUAUCUGCUAUAUCUUUUAGUCCUAUGUUUGCCUAUAAAAUAAGAUAUGAUUUUGAAUAGACAUAACAUUGACACAUUUGGACUGUUGACUCAAAUACAACAGACAUGUAAUCCAGAUCCCUAAGGCAAACCCAGGCUAUGAUUAUUAUUAUUUUUUUUUUUGUGGUGAAAAGUACACAUAUUUUCUGCUCUUUCAAAUGUGAUAGGCUUUUUUUUUUUUUUUUUUAAAUUUUAUUUUUAAACAGAAAAUGUUCGUUUUUGGAGACUUUAUUACUUUGGAGGUGGCAGGCUUUUUUGCCCUUCAGUUUGAGGAAAAUUUUCACAGUAUAGGAAAUAUAGAUUAUGCAUCUUUCUUAGAAAUGUGUUUAUUUUUAUAAUAUCUAAUACCUAAUGAUCCAGGUGGUGUCCUUGUAAUUGCUAAUUGUACUCAAUUCUAUAAAGUGCGCACAACCAAGAUGUUUGGAAAAUUUUUGUGUUCCUGGUUAAAAAAGACGGUCAAGGUGACCCCCACUCCUCAUCUGUAAGCAGCCUACUGACCCCAUUAUGUUAUUUUCUUUUCCUGAUGUGACAGAAUUCCCAUGGCUAACAAGUUUCCAAAUAGCUGUGGCUAACAUGGCAAGAGCUUCUCAUGUGGUCUCUUGAAAAUCUCUACUGGUUGCAGUAACAUGUGGUAGCGCUGGAGAAGGCCUGGUAUUGCUUGGAAGCAAACUAAAAAGAAAUACUGUGUGCUACAGAGUGUGAUCUCCUCUCUCCAGAGAAAAACAGAGCUUUCUGCUAUAUGACUCAUGCUUUUUGUAAGAUGGCAUCUCUAAGCCACAUCUUUAAAAGGUGCAACCUGGGUCUCGUCAAUGUAACCCAGUGGCUCAUGUUAUAUUGGUUAUAUUUUUGCUGGUUGACCUUUCUAGACAGGUCAGUGGAAGGCCAUAGGCUUUGGCGUUUAAGGCAUUCUUCAAAAGGGGUAUGAUAACAGAUAUCCCUCAAAUUUUGUUUGUCUGUUAGGCAGAUUUUAUGCUAAAAGUUGGUGCCUAAUUUUAGUAAAUCAGCCUAGAAACUUGCUGAUUUCCAAUAAAUAGUUGAAACUUGAUGCAGUUCAUACACCUUACAUUGAAAAUUGAUAUUUAACUAAAAUCAGUCAAAGAAUGUAGAAAAUAUCAGAUUUUGAAGCUGAAGAUAUUUAUUGAAAGGCAAUACUUUCAUGAAUCUAGGCUUAUGGUAUGUAUUAAUUACAUCAGACAGGCAAAUAUCUCUGUUUCUUUGUAUUAAUGUAUGUGGAUAUUUUAUUUAUUUUUUUGUUUGAAAAUUUCUAAAUGUGUAUUAUUUUAAUUAUGUUGAGUGUAAAUUUGACAAUGCUUUGCAUUUAUUUUUAUAUUUUUUCAACCUGUUGCUUUUGCGAAACUAUGAGCAGCCAGUACGAUUUACGGUACCAUUGCAUUGUUUUGGUUAUGUACACACAGUGUGUCUAAGUUUACAGACAUUUCAGGGAUUGCUAAAAUGAAAAAAAAUCUCCAAAACCAAGUCGUCUUAAAAGUUUGUACCCCUUUGUUAAUGUGAAAGAGAAAAGCAAACAAGCAAACAACUUUUUUUUAGAUUUCGGUUAUGCCAGCAUGCUCCUACAUGAAUUCACCAGACAUGUUGAGUUCCAGUUUCAAAGUGUAUUAUGUUGAAUCACAUGAUAUGAAUGUACAUCUUGUAAAAGUGAGAUAUGAAUAAACUUAUAAAUAUUUGUAAUAA